UGGAUGGAUAUACGGUAUAAUAUAGGUGUAAAUACCCGAGGUAAAAUGCGGUAAAAUACCCAAGGUAGGCAGGUACACUCCGUAGGCGCGGAUGGAUGGAUGGAUGAAUGGAUGGGUGGAUGGGUGGAUAGUUCACUCACUGGUAGGUAGCAAAGCAAGCAAAGUAGAGGUGAGAGAGACAGAUGUCUUCUCCUCGUCAGACCUUCCUACACCUCCCCCACGCACAAAAAGACAGACAGGAAAGGAAAAGGAAAAGAAAUCGUUAUUACUGAUGAUUAUUAUUGAGUGAUAAUGCAGCUAAGGCAUCCUACCUAGCCAACACAUUCGCAACCGUCCCUGUUCAGAAGAAGCAGCGCGUUCAGCCAUAUCCUCCUCAAUCCUA